AUGUUACACCAUAGUUGCGGACUCAACAAACAAUCAGUAAUGGGUAUUGCCUUCAAGUUGAGGAAACAUUGGAUGAUGCUCAGCCAAAUGGAAGACCCAAAGGAAUAUGGCCUGAUUGUUAAGUCAGAUUCCGUUGAGAAAGUCACGGAAAUGACCUCACAUACAAAGACCAACGAACUUCAGUUCUAUUUGGUCAAGAGUUGUCCUUCCCCUGAGGAAGUAAAAAAAGAAGAGGCUCACAAGUUGUAUCAACAGACGAGUGUUUCUAUGUACCAUAUCCUUCAACAAAUAGAUCUACGAAAGAAAGAUGAACAUCAAAUAAACUACGAAUUAAUGUGGAUUUACAAGGAGUUAGAGUGGAAAUCAAGUUCACUCAUGUGCCUUGAACGAGCUACUGUAGAUGAUGUGAAGCCUCAUUUACCAAUCAGACCAAUACCAAGAACAGCUGGUUUUUUGCAUUUGACUGAAAACGAUCCUCAAUCUCCUGUUUAUAUUGGUAUUGAUAGAAAACGAUGCCAUAAACGGCUAAAGAAAGAGAGGAUAGACAUGGAAUAUGUGAAACAGGUUCAAGAAGAACUUCUUUAUUCAAUGAAAUCGGGUAACAGGCCAACCCAUGGUACACAAGAGCUUAACGAUGUGAUGGAAAGCCUUGUACACAGGAUUCAACAUGGAAACAAUAAUGGGAGAGAGGAAAAAAAAUUCUUUCACGAAAUAAAAAAUCUUAAAGAAACAAUAGAAACAUAUACUGCACCAACAGAACCUGACCCUCGUAGUAAUUGGAGAAGAUAUGAUGUUGGAGGAUUGAGAAGACGACUCUAUGAAGAACAAAUGAGGCAGCAUCGUAUUAAAAUUUACUUAAACCAAAUUGACGAAAUAAAGAGGGAUCAAAAGGAACGUACCACUAAAGCGACCCGACUCAAGGCAGAGUUGGAACUUCCUAUAAAUGUGCUUAUAAGUAUGGUGAGCAGAAGGAGGAGAAGUCAAGUUAUAGUUACUAUCCACCGCGGGCUAAUGACAUAUGUUAAAGAACAAGCACAAAAAGAGAAUCACGGAGACAGGUUGAAGAAUUCUUGAAGCAAUAUUGGAGCAAUAGCAAAGUGUAGUGGGUGAUAUAAUGUGUGCAAGUUUAAUCCCGAACACUUCUAAAGCAACUAUCUUAAGAUGUAUUAGAGCCUGAUUAUUAUUUAUUUCAUCAUUACACCAUGUUCCGUUUGCUUUUAUGAGUACCCAAU